AUGGAGCAGCAAUCGAACAGGUCUCAUAGGCCCGCGAAGGAGAAGAAGAAAUACGAGGGUAACAACCCCAAGGCCUUCGCCUUUUCCAAAACAGGGAAACUUAACAGACAGGCUGCGCGGUCGCACGAUGUCAAGGAAAAGAGACUUCAUGUGCCUCAGGUGGAUCGCAUGCCUGAGGAGGCUCCUCCCACGGUCGUCGCAGUUGUUGGACCCCCAGGUGUCGGCAAGACCACACUCAUCAAGUCGUUGAUCCGCCGCUACACCAAGCAGACUCUCAGCUCGCCUCAAGGUCCCCUAACUAUCGUUACUUCGAAGAAGCAGCGCCUCACCUUCAUGGAGUGUCCGUCCGACUCCCUCGCAGCCAUGAUCGAUGUGUCCAAAAUUGCCGAUGUCGUCCUCCUCAUGAUAGAUGGAAACUACGGAUUUGAGAUGGAGACUAUGGAGUUCUUAAAUGCUCUGUCAACAAGCGGUAUGCCGGGUAACGUUUUCGGUAUCCUUACCCACUUAGAUCUUUUCAAGAAGCAAAGCACUUUGAAGAUGACCAAGAAGCGCCUUAAGCAUCGCUUCUGGAGUGAGCUUUACCAAGGUGCCAAGCUCUUCUACCUCUCUGGUGUGAUCAACGGCCGAUAUCCUGAUCGCGAAGUCCACAACUUGUCUCGAUUCCUGUCUGUCAUGAAGACCCCUCGUCCACUUGUGUGGCGUAACUCCCACCCGUAUGCCCUGGCAGAUCGUUUCCUGGAUGUUACUCCUCCCACCAAGAUCGAAGAGAACCCCAAGUGUGACCGUACCAUUGCGCUGUAUGGAUAUCUUCGAGGAACCAAUUUCCCAGCUCAGGGUGCACGAGUGCAUGUUCCCGGUGUCGGCGAUUUGACCGUAUCCGGAAUUGAAGGACUGCCUGACCCGUGCCCGACUCCUUUUGCCGAUCAGCAGAUGGCCAAGGCGACUGGCAAGAGCAACAGGCGUAAGCUUGGUGAGAAGCAGAAACUGCUGUUUGCUCCGAUGUCCGAUGUUGGUGGUGUUUUGGUCGAUAAAGAUGCUGUCUACAUUGAUAUCAAAACCAAUACCUUUAACAGGGGCUCUGAUGAUGAGUCAGAGGAUGAGGAUCGUCGGGGUCUCGGUGAGCAGCUUGUGGUCGGUCUUCAGGGCGAACGCCGAUUGCUUGGCGAGGCUGAUCAGGGUGUGCGUCUUUUCCGCGGUGGUGAGGCAAUUGACCAGGCGGACGAGGAUGACGAGACUGGUCGUAAACAUCGCAGACAUGCUCGGAUUGCUGACGCCGAGCGUAUCCAAGCCGUCGGGGACGACGAGGAAGAGGAUGAUGAGGAUGAAGAACUUGAUGGCGAAGAGGACGAGAACGACCUAAGCGACGAAGAAGAUGAUGUUUCUGCACCCGCAGACUUCGAGAGAAGCUUCAAAGAACGCCAGAAUGGAAACUCUCGUCAAGAAGACGGAGACCUUGCCUUCGCGGACAGUGAUUCUGACCUCGGCUCCAUAUCCUCAGUUUCAGACCAAGAGCUUGAAAGCGGGGACGAAGAUGAAGACGAAGACCAUGAAGAGGACGACGACGAGGAAGAUGAAGAGGGCAAUGUCAGAUGGAAGGACAACAUGCUGGCUAACGCUAAGGCUCUCCAUGGAAAGCGCCCACCCUUCCGCGUCAAUGACCUCUCACGAAUGCUGUACGAUGAGUCCAUCACUCCCGUCGACGUCGUCCGAAUGUGGCGUGGCGAGCAUGAUGAGGAUGAUGAUGAUGAAGAAGAGCAGGACGAGGAGGAAGGUGACGACUUCUUUAAGAAGACCAACACCGAAAAGGAGGACCAAGCCGACUUCCGCGCGGUUCCUGAAUAUGACUACGACGAGUUGGAGCGAAAGUGGCGUGACGAGGAACUGAUCGAAUCUUUGAAACGUCGUUUCGCGAGCGCCAGGCUUUCGGGCGAUGGCUCUGAUGACGACCUUGAGGAAGGCGAUUUGGAUGACCUUGAUUCUGAUGACGAAGGCGAUGGAGCAUUCGAGGACCUCGAGAAUGGCGAAACCUUUGAUGGAUUCGAUGGCGAGGACGAAGAAGACAAGGACGAUGACGAGAAAGGCGCAAAUUCAGAAGCUCCUGUGGACUUGGAAGCUGAACGUGAGCGCAAUGCCAAGAGAAAGGAAGAGCUGAAGCUUCGCUUCGAAGAAGAAGAUCGUGAAGGUUUCGGUAAUGCGAAGGACGGAGUCCGAGACAAUCUCGAAGGGGAGUUUGGCGAGGACGACUGGUACGAUCUCCAAAAGGCCAAGAUGCAAAAGCAGAUUGAUAUCAACCGCGCCGAGUUUGACACGCUAGACCCAUCCUCCCGUGCCCGCGCCGAAGGCUUCAAGGCCGGCACUUACGCCCGCAUUGUCCUCGAGAAUGUGCCCUACGAGUUUGCGUCCAAGUUCAACCCUCGCUUCCCCCUCAUUGUCGGAGGUCUGGCCCCUACUGAGGACCGCUUCGGAUACGUACAGGUCCGUAUCAAGCGUCACCGUUGGCACAAGAAGAUCUUGAAAAGCAAUGACCCGUUGAUCUUCUCUCUUGGCUGGCGUCGCUUCCAAUCAAUUCCCAUGUACAGCACAUCCGACAGUCGUACUCGAAACCGCAUGCUCAAAUAUACUCCUGAGCACAUGCAUUGUUUCGGCGUUUUCUACGGUCCGCUCGUGGCGCCCAACACUGGUUUCUGCUGUGUCCAAUCGUUCUCUAACAAGAACCCCGGGUUCCGCAUUGCCGCGACCGGUGUUGUUCUCAACGUUGAUGAACACACCGAGAUCGUCAAGAAGCUGAAGCUUACUGGUGUGCCUUAUAAGAUCUUCAAGAACACUGCCUUCAUCAAGGACAUGUUCAACUCCUCCCUAGAGAUUGCCAAGUUCGAGGGCGCGUCCAUCCGGACCGUCUCGGGUAUUCGCGGUCAAAUAAAGAAGGCUUUGAGUAAGCCUGAAGGUCACUUCCGUGCUACGUUCGAGGACAAGAUUCUGAUGAGUGAUAUUGUCUUCCUGCGCGCAUGGUACCCGAUCAAGCCUCACCGUUUCUAUAAUCCCGUGACCAACCUCCUCGACCAAGAAGAGGGUAGCACUGAGAAUGGCUGGCAAGGAAUGCGCUUGACCGGUGAAGUUCGCCGCGAGCAAGGCAUUCCCACUCCGAUGAACAAGGAUUCGGCCUACCACAAGAUCGAGCGCCAGGAGCGCCACUUCAACCCCUUGCGAGUGCCGAAGCAGCUGGCUGCCGACCUGCCCUUCAAUUCUCAGAUCACUAAGAUGAAGAAGCGCAACGACCAGACCUACAUGCAGAAGCGCGCUGUCGUCCUCGGUGGCGAAGAGAAGAAGGCCCGUGAUCUGAUGCAGAAGCUGACCACGAUGCGCAACGAAAAGUCCGCCAAACGUGCAGCGAAACAGGAAGAGCGGCGCAAGGUUUACCGUGCUAAGGUUGCGGACAGUCUAGAGAAGAAGGAAGCCCGUGAAAAGAGAGAGCGCGACGAUUACUGGCGCCGUGAGGGCAAGAAGCGCAAGAAUACCGAUGGAGAGUCCGGUGGUGGCCGCGGUGGAAAGAAGCGCAAGUAA